CUUGUAAAUCUCAUCUCCCUUUGCAUUUUUCUCUACGUUUUCCUUGUAAUCAUUGCUCCAUUGUGGUUGUUGUGUUGAUUAAUGGCGGAUCUAUACGGAACCAACAACGAUCGUUCUUUUUCUUCAUCUUCUUCACUUGAAUCAGAAGAUAUGUCUUUUUUCCUCCAAAGCUUUCUCAACAAUUCGUCAACUAAGGGCAACUCUUUUUAUGGAACGGAGACGAAUCAGGUUAAUUUUCCGCCGCGACACGAUGUGGCUGGCUUUGAUUUAGGAUGCGAGGUACAAAAGCAGUCGGAGGGGCGUCAAAAUUCAAACCCUCCACGUUCCUCAAAGAGGGCAAGAGCAGCGGAGAUUCAUAAUUUGUCUGAGAAGAGGAGGAGGAGUAGAAUUAACGAGAAGUUGAAAGCAUUGCAGACUUUGGUUCCAAAUUCUAACAAGACUGAUAAGGCAUCAAUGCUGGAUGAGGCCAUUGAAUAUCUGAAGCAACUCCAACUGAAAGUACAGACACUUACCAUGAGAAAUGGGUUGGGGUUGCAACAGCCUAUAUACUCGCAACAAGAGGAAAUGGAAAUGGAAAUGGGGGCAAAUCCUUCACAAGGGGGAUUCUCAAUUGAUAUAGGCAAUGGACAUAUGCCGUCGUUAUCCCACAUGAUGAAACAAGAUAAUGUUUUUGGAUCACAAGUGAAUCAAUAUCAUCAUGUAUUUACCAAUCACUCGACAUCUAUCAAGGAGAUUGGGUGUCUGAAUGGAAAAAUUCCUUCACCUGGUGUGUCGUAGCAUGUAGAUUGGAGGAGUAUAUACAUAUAUAUAAAAUAUAUAUAUUGUGAGAAGAUUAGCAGGUGUUGGAAUCUGAA